UCAUGGAAAGUCAGUUAUGCGGACAUAAUAAAAAGACUCCAAGCCCCAGCGACGGUCGCUGCUCUUUUUCUCGUCGAGCAGGGGGAGUAGUCACAGCUGGAAGGAUAAUAAGAUGCGCAUGAAUUUACAAUCUGGAAUAAAAGAUAAGAGAAAAUUAAUGCACGGAGCGGCUCGUCUCAGCGAGACUCGCUGCAAAACUAAAGUUAGUAUGUGUGAGCUGUGGGCUGUGCCGGAGUGCUUUCUGUGUGACUUGUAACAAAGUGCAGAAGAAUAAAGUUCCGACUGUGCUUCCCUCACUUGAUGGAGUCGAAAAGUUUCUUCAGCCCUCUCACAAUGGAUCGAAAAGCGCCCUGCGCCGAGAGCGAAGGCUUCCUGUGGUCAGAGUGGAUUACUGACUUCACUAAGGAGAAGGAACAAAACUCCAGGAUAUGAAGUGUGUUGCUGUGAUUUCACUGCAGAGGCCUGCGUAUUGUUCAGACACUUCUCCUCCAUCACCUGUCAGUCUGGUGACAGAGCUCGGGCGGUGUGAGCUCCAGCGGGUGGAUAGGCUGUUAGUUUGAAAAGGACAGUAUCAUUUUGACAAUAAACUGACUGUUACUGAUGAAGACCAAAGAUUCCCCCUACCAGGAGUUCAUCCACAGAAACCCAGCUGUGCUUUUUUCUGCCAGCCCUCACUGAUUCCUCCACUGUUCAGACGUUUACGUUGCAACUGGAAGAAACCCAAUGUCUGCCUCCUCUCCCCCAUCCUUACCUCGAGCCUUCCUCCACUCUGUCCAUCUGCACCACCCGUCCUUGCCAUCCACCCCGUCUGGACCCAUCUACACACGGCUGUCCAACGGCAGUCACAACGCCCCCAGCCCCACCAGCUCCCGCAGCUCUUUCCAUGGGGUGUCCUUCCUGCUGCAGAUCGGACUGACCAGAGAGACGGUGAACCUGGAGGCCAGUGACCUGUCGCUGUCUGCUGUGAAGGACCUGGUGUGCUCCAUAGUGGAUCAGAAGUUCCCGGAGUGCGGCUUCUUUGGCAUGUACGACAAGAUCCUGCUAUUCCGCCACGACUUAAACGAUGAGAACAUCCUGCAGAGGCUGACUGCAGCUGAAGACAUCCAUGAAGGAGACCUCAUUGAGGUGGUGCUUUCUGCUCAAGCCACAGUUGAAGAUUUCCAGAUCCGACCCCAUGCCCUUUACGUCCACUCCUACAAGGCCCCCACCUUCUGCGACUACUGUGGCGAGAUGCUAUGGGGUCUCGUUCGGCAGGGGCUUAAAUGUGAAGGAUGUGGGCUAAACUACCACAAGCGCUGUGCCUUCAAGAUCCCAAAUAACUGUAGUGGUGUGAGGAAGAGGCGACUGUCCAAUGUUUCACUGCCUGGACCAUCUCUCUCUGUCCCCCGACCUUUACCUGCUGAAAAUGCAGUGGUUGUCCUGGAUGAGCAGCAGAGGUCCCAUCAGGAGGCAGGGAAGCGCAUCCCGUCCUGGAGCGGCCGGCCUAUUUGGAUGGAUAAGAUGGAAAAGACACGGGUUAAGGUGCCACACACGUUCGCCAUUCACACCUACACUCGUCCUACUAUCUGCCAGUACUGCAAGCGUCUGCUCAAAGGUCUCUUCCGCCAGGGCAUGCAGUGUAAAGACUGCAGAUUCAACUGCCAUAAGCGCUGUGCUUCAAAGGUACCAAGAGACUGUUUAGGUGAGGUGGACUUCAAUGGAGAGCCAGCGAGCCCUGGGCCGGACUCAGACACUACCAUGGAUACAAUGGAGGUAGACAGUAAUUACAUGGAUUGUGGCAGAGGGAUGGAUGAUCCAGAUGAACCAUCCACUCCGGAUGAGAGGAUGUUUGAAAUGGACUCGCCGUUGCUGGACAGGGAGAAGGAUGAAGAGCCCAUCAAGACUAUUAGCCCCUCCACUAGCACCAACAUCCCUCUGAUGCGGGUGGUCCAGUCCAUCAAACACACCAAGAGGCGGAGCUCCACGGUGGUGAAGGAGGGCUGGAUGGUUCAUUACACGAGCAGGGACAACCUGCGGAAGAGGCAUUACUGGAGGCUGGACAGCAAAAGCCUGAGUCUCUUCCAGAACGACACCGGAGCCAAGUUCUACAAAGAAAUCCCUCUGUCUGAGAUCCUCCAGGUAGAGCAGUGCAGAGACUACAGCAAUCUGGCUCAGGGCAGCAACCCUCACUGCUUUGAGAUCAUCACAGCCACCAUGGUCUACUAUGUAGGGGAGAACAACGGCAGUCACUACCACAGCCCUGCUCUGGCCGCCUCUGGAGUCGGCAUGGAGGUGGCUCAAGGCUGGGAGAAGGCCAUCAGACAGGCCCUGAUGCCCGUCACGCCUCAGCCCAGUGUAGCCAGCGCUGCUGGCCAAGGCAAAGAUCACAAAGAGCUGUCUAUUAGCAUAUCUGUGUCCAACUGCCAGGUCCAGGAGAAUGUGGAUAUUGCCUCGGUGUACCAAAUAUUCUCCGAUGAAGUGCUGGGAUCGGGCCAGUUUGGCAUUGUGUAUGGAGGCAAACACAGAAAGAGCGGCAGAGAUGUGGCCAUCAAGGUUAUUGACAAGAUGAGAUUUCCUACCAAGCAGGAGAGUCAGCUGCGGAAUGAGGUCGCCAUAUUACAGAAUCUGCAUCACCCGGGUAUCGUUAACUUGGAGUGCAUGUUUGAGACGCCUGAGCGGGUGUUUGUCGUCAUGGAGAAGCUGCACGGCGACAUGCUGGAGAUGAUCCUGUCGAGCGAGAAGAGCAAACUGCCUGAACGAAUCACCAAGUUCCUCGUGACGCAGAUCCUUGUGGCCUUGAGACAUCUGCACUUCAAAAACAUUGUUCACUGUGACUUGAAGCCUGAGAAUGUACUGCUGGCCUCUGCAGAGCCUUUCCCUCAGGUGAAGCUGUGUGAUUUUGGCUUUGCCCGUAUCAUUGGGGAGAAGUCCUUCCGGCGGUCGGUGGUAGGAACUCCGGCUUACCUCGCUCCAGAAGUGCUGCGCAGCAAAGGCUACAACCGCUCCUUAGACAUGUGGUCAGUGGGAGUGAUCGUGUACGUCAGCUUGAGCGGCACGUUCCCGUUUAACGAGGACGAGGACAUUAAUGAUCAGAUCCAGAAUGCGGCCUUCAUGUACCCUCCUACGCCCUGGAAGGACAUCUCUGCAGAGGCCACAGAUCUGAUCAACAAUCUCCUCCAAGUCAAAAUGAGAAAGAGGUACAGCGUGGACAAGUGUCUCAGCCAUCCCUGGUUACAGGACUACCAGACGUGGUUGGACCUGAGGGAGUUUGAGACGCGGCGAGGCGAGCGCUAUAUCACUCACGAGAGCGACGACGCACGCUGGGAGGAGUACGCGGACGAGCACAGUCUUGUUUACCCUAAACAUUUUAUCAUGGCUCCCAACCUGGACGACAUGGAAGAGGACCCCUAGUGGAGUGGGAGACUUGCUACACCACAUGUAUCUCACAGAGUUUUCAUGAAGCUUUGAAAGUGGCAGGUUUUCCCUCCAGAACUCUCGAAACAGAGAUAAGCCAGUCGGGUGGAGAGGCUGGAAAAGUGGGAAAACCCAGCAGAGGUUGUAGUGUGAAGCACCGCUACAAGCAGGCGGAGAUGCGUGUCACAGAAACGCAUUAAGACACUGUCACAGGAGGCGAGUGCUCCCUCUUCCUUGGUGUAUAAUAAUACGAAAACAUUCCAUGAAUUUGUUCAAUCUUGGUUCAUUUUUUAAGGACUAGCAGAACAAUGUUUAUGAACACGCACAGUUCUGGAUGAAGGCCGUGCUCGUGAUGUAAGAGAGGAGUCGCGUGAAGCGCUUACGCCGGGAUUAAAGGGCACUUUUCGCAAGGGAUUUACAGCCUGAGAAUUAAACACACGAGUUUGUUCUCAUUUCUAAACUGUUUGUGAGACUGUCCUGUGGCAUGAAACUGGAACUAUCACGCAGAUUUGUCUGGGUUUUUUAAUGUAUUUUAGUAAUUGUGGUAGGUUUUUGCACUAUAUUACCAAUUUCCAUAGCAACUGAAUAGAAAACACUAUUCACUGCUACAGAACGCAAACUGUUUUUACAUUUCCCGUCAAUAUUCAAAGUUAGAAACGGUGUCACGCAGUAUUAGCUCCUUUGUCUCAGAUCCCAGCAGGUGUUUUUAACCUACGUGUGUUCAGAGUGUGAUCUGUUCAUGGCAGCUAGUAGUGUGCAAGUUUUAUCGGCUUGCUCUCGGAGAGAGAAACCAACAAACCCUGACCAAAUAUGUUACAUUUCAUUUCGCUGUUUCCUUUCAACUGUUUUCCUUUUUUGACUUUGUGAAUCUUUUGUGAAGGCCGUAACCCUGAAGUGUAGUUGAAUGCAAUACAACAAGGAACGGACUCUUUGGUUCGGCAUCACAUUUUUGUACUUUCACUGUUUUCUUGAAUGUGACCGUUGAAGCGCUCCAGUGCUGGGACGUGUUCUUUGAUGUUCUCUGGGGUUGCGGUCGAAUAGUCAAAAAGUCAUGUCCUAUGUUCUUGUUUCUCUAAGAAAACAUCACAAGGUGAAGGAAAGGUGUGCACGAGAAUUCACAGAGAACCUGGUGUGUCCACACUAGGCUGUUUAGCACUCGAUGAUGAAUAAUGUUGAUUAAGAUCAAGUUCACCCUUUGCUUUCAUGCUGGCUGUAUAAACAUAGAAAAUCUUUCCAUCCAUCCGCCCACUGGCUGCUCCUGUUCUGAGUUUGGGUUGUGGGGGGCAGUCUAAGGAGAGCCCAGACCUCUCUGUCACCAGCAAGCUCCUGUAAGGGCUGAGACAUGCCAAAGCCAGCGGAGAGAUACAUUUCCCCCAGUGUGCCCAAAACACCUCUUCUAGUAGGCACUAAGAAAACAUCUUAGUUAGAAGCACAAACCACCCCAACUAGCUCCUGAAUGACCAAACUCCUCACCCAUCUCAGGGAGAGUACAGCCUCCCUUUGGAGGAAGCUCAUUUCUGCCAUCUGCGAUCUCAUUCUUACCCAGCUCGUGGCCAUGGGUGAGCGUAGGAAACGUAAUCAACAGCUUCACUUUUACACUCAGAUUUCUGUUCGUUACAGCAGAUUGGUACAGCGUCCUCAUCAUUGCUGCUACCACGUCAGUCUGCCGUUUCAGCAACCAGAGAUCGACCCUGUGGCGCCUCCUUCGGGCGGUAGGCUCACAGGGCGGCGAGUACACGGCCAGACCCCAUGGGCUCAGGCCUGAGCCAUGAUGUUUGUUUCAUAGGGGUAAAUGUAAAUCUGUGCUCUUACCAAGAACCUAUUUGCCUUGGGAGACCCUACCAGGGCCAAAUGCCCCUGACAACACAGCUCCUGAAAUCACAUUUGAUGAAUAAUAUUUAAAAAAAAUCGCAGUUAAACAUCACAGUGAAAAACACGUUUGUCACGUUGAGAACGGUUACUCGACCUGUUCUCCUUUUUAUUUGUUCUUCAAACUAAACAGAUGUGAAAGCAUUAACGCUCAGUCUGAUGAUACACAGUUAAUAAUUUUAGUCUAUUCUUUAUUUUCAACAAACGCUUCAAACUCACGUUAAAAAGUGCUUUACCUCUCAGCUUUAGCUUUAAUAUAUUCUUAAAGAUUCAAAACAUAUAAACAUAUUAGGAUGUUAUGGCAUAAGAUGAUUUUUGAUCUAAUGAUGCAACGCUUUGAAUUAUGGGAAGCCGCCGUGUCCCCACAUUUCUUAAAUGAAGGUCAGCGUGUGUCCUAAACGUCACCUUUCCUCAGCAGAGAAUUCAACCAACACUUAUCACACCCUCCUUGAAAAAACGACUAUUCGACCUCAACCCAGCUAUCUGAAAUGUUUCAUCACCAACGUGGGCGAAACUGGCUUUUAAACAGAACAAAAUAUCAGGAGUUCCACGUUCAUUAUGUUGUCCGAUCAUUUCACACGGGAGCGAGUUUAUAUUUGCUCCGUCGGUGUGUUUGGGAGUAUGUUCCAGUUUCCUUUCUCUGUCUUUGUUGCCGCUGGAUUGGCAGGUGUCAGUGUUUUGUAUAUUUCAGUACAUACCAAUGAAAUAAAAAAAACCUAAAUGAAA